AAGUGUUAAUAAGCAGAAAGAUUUGUAAACACAUUCAUUUCAGUACAUUGAUGUGGAGCUUCUUUUUUCAAUAAGAAAACUUUGCAAUCAUAAAAAAAAAGCGCAUGUUUCACAAUUUUGGAGCUUACACAUCUAGACAAUGGAAUUAGUAUGAAUAUUAUGCAUUUCAACUGGUUUUUUGAGUGAUUUUAUGAGUAUAUUACCAGAUCCAAGAAUGCCAAUACUUUCAGACUCACAGCUAAGUAGAUUAAAAGCUCACAAGUAUGCUUCAACCGGUAACACUUUUUCUGAUGCCAUUUUGCAAAUAUGGUGGAAUGCUGUAGUAUCUAAAAUGCCUCUCUGGGUUGCACCUAAUUUAAUAACUCUGACUGGGUUAUUCAUAAACUGUGUAACUUCUGCCUUAGUCAUAGGAAAUUCACUGCAAGCAAAUUCUAAUGAGGUACCUCCAAAAUAUUUUUUUGCAGCUGGUAUUGGUUUAUUUAUUUACCAAACUCUUGAUGCUAUUGAUGGAAAACAAGCUAGGCGAACUGGUACUUCUUCACCUUUAGGAGAAUUGUUUGACCAUGGUUGUGAUUCUGUUUCGAAUCUUGUUAUAACGGUAUCAAGUGCUUGUGCUUUUUCAAUGGGAACUUUUCCAAACUAUAUGUUUUUUUUCUUUAUCAACAACAUUGCAUUGUUUUAUCUUGCACACUGGCAGACUUAUUGUUCCGGUUGUCUUAUAUUUAACAAGUUUGAUGUGACAGAGGUUCAACUUCAAGCCAUAUUUUUUUAUAUUGCUUCUGGUUUUCUGGGGCCUCAUUUUUUUAUACAACAGAUUUCAUUCUUACCAUACAACUUGGCUUUGAUAAAGUAUAUGAUAUUUUUAAUGUUUAUUGGAUCAUGUUUGUACUCAUUUAAUGCUUUUAAACAUAUAUUUCAUGGAGGUGUUGGAAAAAAUGGAACAACUGUUGCUCAAACUAGUGUUCUAUCACCAAUCGUGCCACUUGGUAUUGUGAUAUCAUGUGCUUUUUAUGUUUUCAAGCAUAGUGGUGAAAAUAUAUUUGAAAAUCAUCCUAUACUCUUUAUGCUUAUGUUUGGUACAUCUUCAGCUAAACUGACCUGCAAUCUAAUUGUUGCUAGUAUGUCAAAAAGUACUCUGGACAUGCUUGACUUUUGCAUGAUGGGACCUAUAAUUUUGUCCGUUUAUGUGUACUUUGGAAUCGAAAUUUACGCUUCAUACGUCAAUAUACCAAUUUCUGAGUAUUAUAUUUUGCUGUUGGGAUUUUUAUAUACGAUCUCUAAUUUUGUGAUCUACUGUGUACGUAUAUGUAAAGAAAUUAGUGCAAACUUUGGCAUUGCAAUACUGACAAUACCUUACACAAGAAAAGAGAAUUAAGUAUCUAGAACUAGAAAUUAUAUUUUUUACUUUAAUCUUCAUUCUUAAAACGAAAUAAAUAUAAUUGUGUAUUAAUAAAUAAA